UUAAAACUCAGUCACAAAUUUUAAACUAACGCACAUCAGAAGUUGAAAAAGUCGGAGGUGAAAAUCCAGAUCGAAUAUUGUAAUACAGAAUAAUAUAUCACUAUACCACUAAAAUGGCCGAGCAGCAGACUAAGACAAAUUUCGAUUCUGAUCCAAAAUCCCGAAAAUUAAAGUUUGCCGGCAUUUGCAAACUGAAUAAUGAGGAGCUGUCGAGUCUCUACAGGAUCGAUCAGUUGACCGACGAGGAGCUGGCCUCCGUGGGCCUGGAGAGAAGCUCCCUGAUCGAUGACUAUCGUCUUCUGCACGAGCUUUCGAUGAUGAAGCAAAUGGAGAAUGAAGUCACUAAGAGCCCCGCUCAAACAUGCAAACAAAAACCCAUGGCGUUGGAUGAGCGAUUCGGAAAACAGAUGCACGAGUGCAUUCCCAAAUCAAAGUACAAAUUUACGAUGCUCAGCCACUUGAUCAUGCUGAUGAGUUUGGAUAAGCAGCCGGAAACCAUUUUUAGCGAGCAGGACUUAAAGAUAGAUGCGGAUUACCAUGAGGACGCGAAGGUCGUGCAGCUGAUGCCCAAAGAGCGUCUGGAUCGCCGCCUUGAGUCGUUCUACGAUCACCUGGAAAAGAUGUUCCUCCACGGCGAUCGCAAAAAGGCCAACGACCUGGUUUUUAACGCCAUCGUCCGUCUGGUUGACCGCCGAACUCCUUUGGAAUCCAGACUCAAUUAUCGUACUUUAAACCAAUGUUAAAUGAACUUUCAAUUUUUCAUUCAAAUGCAAAGCUGAUGAGCAUGUAACUAUCAUUGUGACUUUCCGCCAGAUUUCUGAAAAUCCAUUUGUAAACAAA